AUGUCGGCGGCAACAAAAGGUAUAUUUAUUGUGGGCGCUAAGCGCACCGCGUUCGGUACUUUCGGCGGCGUAUUCCGAAACACAUCAGCCACUGAACUGCAGACUGCAGCCAUGGCAGCAUCACUAAAGGAAGCCGGUGUGGCUCCCGAGCAAGUAGAUACGGUCGUCGUUGGACAAGUCAUGUCGGCAUCUCAAACCGAUGGCAUUUAUACGCCCCGUCACGCCGCGCUCAAGGCUGGUAUCCCUAAAGAAAAGCCAGUGUUGGGCAUCAACAGACUGUGUGGGUCUGGUUUCCAAUCAGUUGUAAAUAGUGCACAGGACAUCCUAACCGGUGCAGCUAAGAUUUCUCUUGCUGGCGGAGUUGAAAAUAUGUCUCAAGCACCCUUCGCUGUCCGAGGAGUAAGGUUCGGAACUGCCCUAGGGUCCAGCUACGCCUUCGAAGACACAUUAUGGGCUGGUCUCACGGAUUCCUACUGUGGUCUCCCUAUGGGUAUGACCGCGGAAAAACUUGGUGCCCAGUUCGGAAUCACCAGGGAUGAAGUUGAUAACUUUGCUUUGAGGUCUCAGCAAAGAUGGAAGGCUUCCAAUGACGCUGGAGUAUUUAAGGCGGAAAUCGAACCCUUUACCUUAACGAUUAAGCGUAAGGAGGUCCAAGUGGCGGUUGACGAGCACCCUCGCCCGCAGACCACGAUUGAGGGUCUAAAGAAACUGCCUCCUGUAUUCAAGAAGGAGGGCCUUGUUACCGCUGGCACAGCUUCGGGUAUCAGUGAUGGUGCUGGAGCCAUUCUUCUAGCUAGUGAAGAAGCAGCAAAAGGUUUGAAGCCCCUCGCCAGGCUCGUGGGCUGGUCUUACGUAGGAGUAGACCCUAGCAUCAUGGGAGUUGGACCAGUACCUGCUAUCGAGAACUUGCUCAAGGUCACCAAAAUGACACUGAAUGACAUCGAUCUUAUCGAGAUCAACGAAGCCUUCUGCGCUCAGACCUUAGCGUGUGCUAAGGCCCUGAAGCUAGAUAUGGAGAAGUUGAACGUUAAUGGUGGAGCAACCGCACUUGGACAUCCUCUUGGUGCUUCUGGAUCACGAAUCACCGCCCAUUUGGUGCAUGAACUGAAACGCCGUGGACUCAAGCGUGCGAUUGGCUCGGCGUGUAUCGGCGGUGGACAAGGCAUCGCUGUAAUGAUCGAAUCUGUCUAA